AUGGGUCGUCCUGGGAUGCAGAUGGAGACAUGGGUGCUGUUUGUGGCCUUCGGGUGUAUGUGUGUGGGGCAGGCUCUCGCAGAUCUAUUGUACUUUGUCCCAGUCCCGGCUGUGUGGGAGUCUGGAGCUCAGGUCAGGUUUUGUGCGAGUCUUUUGAAAGUGGAUAAAAAUGACAAGCAUAAGAUGACCGUGACGCUGCUGUCCCCGGAGCUCAACACCACCCUCCUGCAGAAAGAGUCCAACCAGGAUUUUCAUACCUGUAGCACCUUCCUGGCCCCUCUGGUCAUAAAGGACACGGUGCAGCACUUCCAGGUGGAGGUGAUCGGGAAAAAGAUGUACUCCCGGGAAACUCGCAAAGUUCUGAUCCGUGCCAAUAAACCAGUGACAUUCAUCCAGACAGACAAGCCAAUCUUCCUCCCAGGACAAACUGUGUAUUUCAGGGUGGUGACAAUGGACACAAAGCUGAGGCCGGCCUGUCGAAAGUAUGAUAUCAUCGAACUUCAGGAUCCACAUGGUAACCGCAUUGGGCAGUGGCUGAAUCUCACUGCGGAGGGUAAAAUAGUGCAGCGGUCUUUCGCCCUGAAUUUUGAGGCCAAAGAAGGCAGUUACCAGCUCUCAGUGACCUCUGGAGAAGACACAAUCUACCAUUCAUUCAAGGUGGAGAAAUAUGUUUUACCAAAGUUUGACGUCAAAAUCACCUCGAAGGAUGAAGUGAGCAUUGCCCAGGAGGAAAUCAGUAUAAAAGCUUGUGCAGAAUACACUUACAAGCAGCCUGUUCCCGGGAUAGUGAAAAUAGAUGUAUGCAGACCCAUCAACAGAUACAUGUUUGGGUUCUCUCGAAACGAGGAUGACGUUCCAUCUGUGACUGCUCCAUGCCACAAGGAGAGCAAAACGGCCGACGCGACUGGGUGUGCUGUGUUUACUAUCCCAAUGUCCACUUUCAAAGAAAUUGACCAAAAGGCUCUCCUGGACACACUGGAGGUUGUGGUAGACAUGGAGGAGGAGGGAACAGGGAUCACAUUCACGCAACAUAAAAGAGUUACCAUUUCAUUCGUCGUUGGAACGCUGUCCUUUUUCGACACACCAAACAUUUAUGAGAAAGAUUCCACUCUACAGGGGAAAGUGAAAGCCGUGGCCUAUAAUGAGCAGCCGUUGGUGAACAAAGCCCUGUACCUGUUUGAGGGAGAGCGCUGGUCAUCAAGGCAUCUACAGAACCUCACCACUGACAACAACGGAGUGGCUACUUUCUCCCUAGACACGUCAGCAUACAGCGGAGAAAUCCACCUCCACAUAAGUAUUACGCCGGAGUUGGAGUACCCCAAAUACAGAGAAGAACACUAUGAGAAUGGAGAAAUCCGUGUGGCCUUUGCCCAGCAGUCCACUCUGGACACCAAGACUGUGAGCUCCCUGGAGGUGAAGAAGAACUCUGAGCCGUUCCCCUGUGACACUGAGCAGGACAUCUUCAUCAACUACUCUGUGGUCAAAGAGAUGGAGGCAGAGAUGGACAUCAUGUACCUGGUCUAUGGCAGAGAUACCAUUGUGACCCAUGGGCUGAAAAGAAUUCAAGUAAAACCAAACACAGUGACUGAGGGCAGCUUCUCCUUCAAGUUACAAAUUACAGCAGAUUUGGCCCCUGUGUUUAAUGUUGUGACCUACGCUCUCCUGCCCAGCCAAUUCCCCAUCGCUCACAGCGCCACAUUUGAGACAGAGAAAUGUUUCAACCACAAGGUAAAGCUGGACUUUACCCCAGCUCAGGGCGUCCCGGGAGAAAAGGCUUCGCUGAGGGUGACGGCAAGUGCUUCGUCUCUGUGUGGAAUCAGCGUCAUCGACCAGAGUGUCCUCAUCCAAGAGCCAGAUAGAUACCUGAAGCCAGAAACGAUAUAUGAUUUGCUGCCUGCGAACAAAUAUGUCCCAUAUGAGAUUCAGGACCAAAUGGACUGUCUCUCUGUGCGCCCCAAACGAUCAAUUUUGCCCUUUCCAGUAAACAAAGAUGAUGCUCACACGGUCUUCCAGAACGCUGGACUGAAGAUGGUCACAAAUGUGAUGAUCCGUGUGCCUGACUGCCUCAAAUAUCUGGGUCGAGAAUACUUCCAGGGGCAUGGAUUUGUUGCCAGAAUGGAGGAUCGGGUGGUGGCCAUGGCUGCUCCCAAUGCGAUGGGUGCUGGUGGGGGUGGAGGUCUUCCACCGAUUGUGUCGGUCCGAACCUUCUUCCCCGAGACCUGGAUCUGGGACCUGGUGGAAGUUGGAACCUCUGGAUUCACGGACAAGCCCAUCACCGUCCCGGACACCAUCACGACCUGGGAGACGGAGGCCUUCUGUCUGUCCUCGAAGGGCUUCGGUUUGGCACCGCGUGUCCAGUUCACCGUGUUCCAGCCGUUCUUCCUGGAGCUCACCCUUCCCUACUCCAUUAUCCGAGGAGAGCGCUUCAUCCUCAAGGCCACAGUCUUCAGCUACCUCGAGAGCUGCAUGAUGGUUGCUGUGAACCCAAUUCCUGGAAGCUACACCUUGACCCGGUGGGCGGAGCUGAGCACACGUUCUGUCUCUGUGGAAAUGAACGUGUGA